GAUCUUUCAUCACUGGUCGUGUACUGUGUAGUUCAACAAAGACGCACAAGACGUGACGCUCUAUCGUUUUUUAGCACGUGGCCCCGUGUAUUUCACGAUAGGUUGUGACCUUAUUUUUUCAAAGAUUUGGUAAUAUUUGGAAUAUACUCAGCGAUCACAACAAAUAGUCAAAAGAUUUAUUUCAAAAGUGUGACUUUAAUAUUGUUUUCUCUCUUUGAGCCAUGCCGACCGUAGACAGAGUAAAAAAACCAGUCACAAGAAGAGGUAAAAGAGCCAUAUUGAAAAAAGAGCCUAAAUUGGUGGAAGAUGCCAAAGAAACUUUGUGCUUCAAAGGCAGACAGACGUCACAGAUUGUGGUCGACUUUAUGAAGGAUUUGUGCGGUCUAAAAAAACCUAACGCGCAAAUGAUGCAACAAAAAAAUGACAUACUGCCGUUCGAAGAUGUCACACCUAUUGAAAAAUUUGCAUCAAAAUACAACGCACCUCUCUUCAUAAUGGCUUUACACAAUAAAAAGCGUCCGCAUAAUCUCGUGAUAGGUCGAAUGUACGAAAACACACUGUUGGAUAUGAUGGAAUUUGGUGUGGAAAAUUACAAGGGAUUGAAGGAUUUCAAAGUUGAAAAGAUAGCGUCGGGAUUGAAACCGUUGUUGAUUUUCAACGGCGAACUCUUUGAGACCGAUUCUAAGUACAUCAGAAUCAAAAACCUGCUCGUUGAUAUGUUUCAAAGGGAAACAAUCGAGAGAAUCAGACUGCAAGGGCUUGAGCACGCUUUAAGUUUCACAGCUGUGGAUGAUAAAAUACUUCUCCGUAGUUACAAAAUACUUAUGAAAAAAUCUACCACAAAGAUACCUAGGAUAGAACUUGAAGAAAUCGGACCAAGAGCCGAUUUGGUGUGCAGACGCAACAAAUUCGCUUCUGAAGACUUGUUCAAACAAGCUUGUAAAAAACCCAAAGAGCUCAAGGAGAGGAAGAAGAAAAAUAUUUCCACAGAUACGCUUGGAACGACAUAUGGCCAGAUACAUGUCGGAGCUCAAAAUAUUGAUAACAUUCAAACGAGGAAAAUGAAAGGUCUGAAAAAAACUUUACCGGAAAAGAAAACUGCACGGAAGAGAAAACCAGACGAUGAUGAUAACGACAGUGCAAAGAAACUCAAAGAAGCUACGGAUGGAGAACAAGAAUAAAGUCUCGCACUGUUGUAAUAUACAUUUGUAUUUUAAUGUAAUUAAUAAUUUUUACACUCUAUUUCCAACUCCAACUGGAAGUAUCGUGCUGGUCCUACGAUAAAGCAAUCAUGUAAAAUAAAUUAUAUGUAUAAAAAGUUUUCCUCUUAACAAUUAU